CUUUUUGAUCCUGUUGUUACUAUUUUGCAUGAAACGAUGGCUUUUAAAUUGAGCCAGAUAUGCCGACAUCCGGCCAGAGACAUUUUGGUUCUGAAUUGCGGGAGCUCUUCGAUCAAAUUCUCCACGGUGGAUCCGCAAAGUGGACGAUCAGUACUUAAAGGUCAGGUCAGCCAUCUGGGCGACCCCACCGUUAACAUCCAAUACGACAUUGAUGGUGAUGAAGGCCAAAAGAAUUUGUCUCUAGAGACGUGCAGCUACCAGGAGAUUUUCUACCAAGUGGGUCAAAUCUGUGCUCUAAAGCCGUUUCGCGCCAUCGGGCAUCGCGUUGUCCACGGCGGAGAUCUCUAUAAAACUUCCAUCCUCAUCACUGACCAGGUCAUCCAGAACAUUGAGGGUUUGUCAGACUUUGCGCCACUCCAUAAUCCCUUGAGCGCACAAUGCAUCACCCACAUGACCAAACACUUUCCGAGUAUUCGACAAGUGGGCGUGUUUGAUACAGCUUUUCAUCAGACCAUUCCGGACUACGUUUAUCGAUAUGCCGUUCCCCAAGCGUGGUAUGAGACGCAUCAGAUUCGAAAGUAUGGUUUCCACGGGAUCAGUCACCAAUUUGUGGCCCAGGAAGCGGCCACCCGGCUCAAUCGACCAUUGAGAGACCUAAAAGUGGUCUCGGCUCAUCUGGGCAAUGGAUGUAGUGUGGCAGCCAUUAAGGAAGGUCUGUGUGUGGACACAAGUAUGGGCAUUACGCCAUUGGCCGGAUUGGUCAUGGGAACGCGAAGCGGGGAUAUCGAUCCGGCUGUGCUUGGGAUUAUGGCCAAGAAAACGAAUCUAUCCCUCGGGCAGAUACUCGAGGUUCUGAACACGGAGAGCGGUCUCAAGGGUGUGUGUGGCUAUCAGGAUGCCCGGGAGCUGGAACGGGCCUACACCCGAGGCAAUCGAUUUGCCCGUUUGGCUUGGGAGAUGUUUGCCUAUCGAUUGGCCAAAUACGUGGCCUCUUAUGUGGUGCCCUUGGGCGGGAUCGAUGUGCUCAUCUUUACGGGUGGGAUCGGCGAGAAAUCGAGCUUGAUUCGCACCAAGACUAUAGGGUGGCUCCAUGGCUUAGGAUUUGACUUGGAUCUCGAUCGCAACGAGACCCAUGGGUCGUCGUCGAAUGGGCUGAUUUCCGCCGGGAUGCACCAUCCGAUUAUUACCGUGAUUCCAACCCAAGAAGCCCUCAUGAUCGCUCGAGAAACCCAACGCUUAACCGAUUAAAACCACUAUUAGCCCACUUCUCAGGUGUGAAAUAUAACAAUGAUAAUAUGGUAAUGAGGAUGAAGCCAUUGAACGUGCCUCAA